AUGAUAGCUACAUGAAUGUAUGAUAACAGUUUACCGCUCGCAAGCUAACGCAAGCAAUAAACUGCUGUUAAUACCCCUUAAAUAACAGCGGUUCCGCCUUACGUUAGCCGUAUAGAUGAAUUUUAUUUGCACGUCGUCAAUGUUACACAGAGGCUAGUGUUAGUUAACAAACUAAACUAGCUAGCUGCAAGUUAGCAAAUGUCAACAUCCCAGGACCGAUAGAGCCGCUGGAGUUUGAGCCUGCUCAGCUGGUUCACCAUGAAGACUAACAAGUCAUACAAGCUUGUGCUGCACAAGAAAGGUUUUGGUGGCAGUGAUGAUGAGUUGGUUGUCAACUCAAAAGUUUUCCCUCAAGUCAGCAUUAGGGAUAUCAUCGAGAUCGCACACCCCACAGAUGAAUACAGUCCACUCCUGCUGCAGGUUAAGAGCCUUAAAGAGGACCUUCAGAAAGAGACAAUCAGUGUGGACCAGACAGUAGCACAAGCCUUCAAACUGCGUGCAUACCAGGAUGUCAUUGUUAACAUUGUUGACCCAAAGGAUGUUACACUGGACCUGGUGGAGCUGACUUUCAAGGACCAGUACAUCGGCAGAGGAGACAUGUGGAGACUGAAGAAGAGUCUGGUGAGCACUUGUGCUUAUGUGACACAGAAGGUGGAGUUUGCUGGAAUCAGAGCUCAGGCCAGUGAACUCUGGGUGAAGGGAGAGAAAGUGACGUGUGGUUACAUCAGUGAAGACACCAGGGUGGUUUUCAGAUCCACAUCUGCAAUGGUCUACAUCUUCAUCCAAAUGAGCUGUGAGAUGUGGGACUUUGACAUCUAUGGUGACCUCUACUUUGAGAAGGCUGUGAAUGGUUUCCUGUCGGAUCUUUUUGCCAAAUGGAAGGAGAAGAACUGCAGCCAUGAAGUGACGGUGGUACUCUUCUCGCGUACGUUCUACAGCGCUAAAACAUUAGACGAAUUUCCCGAAAUUCUCAGAGCGUCCAUCAGACAGGAUCACGAAGGACGUUUUUAUGAAGACUUCUACAGGGUGGUGGCUCAAAAUGAGAGACGGGAUGAGUGGACGUCAUUACUGAUCACCAUCAAGAAGCUUUUCAUCCAGUAUCCUGUCCUGGUGCGGCUGAAAGAAGCAGAUGGUUUUCCUAUCGGUUAUAACUCCACUUCUGCUGAAGGAAACUACCUGGAGGCUAUUAACCUUUCUUUCAAUGUAUUCGACAAGCACUACAUCAACCGUAACUUUGACCGCACCGGCCAAAUGUCAGUGGUCAUCACACCUGGGGUGGGAGUGUUCGAAGUGGACCGUCUGCUUAUGAUUCUCACUAAACAGCGUAUGAUUGAUAACGGUAUUGGUGUAGACUUGGUGUGUAUGGGGGAGCAGCCAUUGCACGCAGUACCAUUAUUCAAGCUCCACAAUAGGACGAUAACCGGAGACUCUCGUGUGGGAGACGACUACAACCUCCCUCACUGGAUCAACCACAGCUUCUACACUUCCAAAAGUCAAAACUCUUUCAGUUCCUUCACCCCUCGAAUCAAACUGGCUGGCCGUAAGCUUCAUGCUGAAAAAUUCAAGAGCAGCAAAGACCACAGUCUCUGUUCACCAAAGGACUCAGACAACAGCCUGCCGAUACAGGUGGACUACGACGCCUACGAUGCUCAGGUGUUCAGGCUUCCCGGUCCUUCAAGAAUUCAGAGAAGUACCAACUUCAGGAUGGUUCGAGACAAAGAGACGAGCGGGAGGAAGAGCUGGGGCUCAGUGGACGUCAGCGUAGGCAUUGGUGCGUCCCCUCCUGUUCGCUCCGGAGGUCCUGAUGAGCAGCGUAGCCUGGCCUCUGAUGAUAGUCUGGGCCCCGUGUCCAACAUGCUGCUGAUACCCAGGAUGCCCGCUGCCCAAUAUGAAGUCAGCAGUUCUCUGGGAUACACGAGCACCAGAGAGCUGUUGGAGAAGAUGAUGGACUCUCAGCGGGACUCCAGCGCCCCAGGAAGGUUCACGGUGGGAAGCGCUGAGUCGACCCUGCACAUCCGGCCAGGAGGUUACACCCCUCAGAGAGCGCUCAUAAACCCCUUCACUCCAUCCAGGAUGCCCAUGAAGCUCACCUCCAACCGCCGGCGCUGGAUGCACACCUUCCCUGUCGGUACUUCUGGAGAGGCUAUUCAAAUCCAUCACCAGACCAGACAGAACAUGGCUGAACUGCAGGGCAGCCAGCAGAGAGACCCUGCCCACACAUCCGCCGAGCUGCUGGAGCUGGCCUAUCAUGAGGCCAGCGGAAGGCGAACAACCUCACGCCAAACAGCAGAGAACGGCCUUUACAUUGGUGGUGGAGGGAUGGAAGAGUACACUGGAAGUCCGAGGAGCAACAGUAGUGGAACUCUGACCAACCGCGGCUCCUCAUUCGAAGACGUCUCCGUCGGUGGUGCCGAUCCAAUGCCCAGCUUCUGCUGCACAGUUGGGGUGGACUGGAAGUCUCUGACCACACCGGCCUGCCUGCCCCUCACCACCGACUACUUCCCCGACCGCCAGACGCUGCAGAAUGACUACACUGAAGGCUGCUACGACCUGCUGCCACACAGCGACCUGGAGAGGCGUGAAGAUGAAGGUCCAGUGAUGAAUGCCACUCAGGUGUUUGAGGAGUUUAUCUGUCAGAGGUUGAUGCAGGGCUACCAGAUCAUUGUCCAGCCAAAUAACAGGAAACCACAACCUGCUGUGGCCACACCGCUGGGCAGCAGCCCUCUUUACUCCAGAGGUCUGGUGUCUCUUCGUCGAGCAGAGGAAGAGGAGACAGUUUACUGGCUCAGUAUGGGCCGCACCUUCCAUAAAGUUUGCCUUAAAGACAAGAUCAUCACUGUUACUCGCUACCUGCCAAAGUACCCGUAUGAGUCGGCUCAGAUCCAGUACAGCUACAGCCUGUGUCCUCCACAUUCUGAUGCUCAGUUUGUGUCCUGCUGGGUGGAGUUUGGCCACGAGAGACUGGAGGAAUACAAGUGGAACUACCUGGACCAGUACAUCUGCUCUGCUGGCUCUGAGGACUUCAGUUUGAUCGACUCUCUGAAGUUCUGGAGGACUCGCUUCCUCUUGCUGCCGGCCGGAGGGGCUCGGCGGGUGGCGGACGGGGAGGGGCACUGGGAUGUUUACGGAGAGGGAGCAAACGCUGGAAUGAGUGGCAGCGGAGAGGUGCUGCUGGAUGGCUUCAUCCGCUUCCUGGAGGGCCUGAACCGCAUUCGACGGCGGCAUCGCUCCGACAGGAUCAUCAGACAGAAGGGUACACCGAUGAAAGGACUGCAGGUCACCAGUCCUCUCCCUCAGUAUCCUACAGAGCCUGUAGCGCCCCCGCAAGGCAAGAAAGGCACAUCAGCUUUAUCAGCCCUGCUGGAGAUGGAGCAGAACCAGAAGACACUGGAGGAGCAGCAGCAGCAGCAGCAGCAGCAGCAGGUGAAGCCCUCAGCAGCCAUCAGCGACCCCUCAAAUGUUGCCACGGCUCCGUCAUACGUAGACAGUCCACGCAAGCUGCUUGCCGAAGCCAGUGAGGCUGCAGAUAAAGGAGUCCAGGGAGGAGUGACAGCUGGAGCAACAGCACAGCCUUCAGGAGAGACUGCAGCCAGCAGCAGCAGCACAGACACCAGUGCUCAGUCUGCAGCAGGAGCUCUUUCUCUGUCCUCUUCCUCAACACUGAUGGAGAUCCUGGAGGCCAUCAAACAUCCCACGACAGGUGUACAGCUGCUCCCAGAGCAGAAGGGUCUGCCCCUCAACUGCUUCAUCAGUGCUGAGGUUGUUCAUUGGCUGGUCAACAACGUGGAAGGUGUGGUCACACAGGGCAUGGCUGUGGAUGUCAUGCAGAAGAUGCUGGAUGAAGGUUUGGUGACUCACGCCUCCGGUGACGCCAUGCGCACCUUCGUCUACGGGUUCUACUUCUACAGGAUAGUAGGAGAGAAGGAUGUUCCCUCCUCACCGCUCCCCCCCUCGGCGGCCGGUGGCUGGUCAACCGCAGCUCUGGAGGACUUCGCCCUGUUCCAGAGGAAGUGGUUCGAGGUGGCCUUCGUGCUGGAGGAGAGGCGACCCUGCGACCUCCCGGCCUUCCUCCUGCCCUGGCUGCCCAGCCGGCCGGCCUCCUACGCAAGUAGGCACAGCUCCUUCAGCCGCAGCUUUGGAGGACGCAGCCAGGCCGCCGCACUGCUAGCUGCUACAGUCCCCGAGCAGAAGACGGUCACUCUGGACGUGGACGUGAACAACCGCAGCGACAGGACCGAGUGGUGCAGCUGCUAUUACCACGGCAACUUCUCCCUCAACGCCGCCUUCGAGAUCAAGCUGCACUGGAUGGCCGUCACCGCCGCGGUGCUCUUUGAGAUGGUUCAAGGCUGGCACAGGAAAGCGGCGUCCUGCGGCUUCCUGUUGGUCCCCGUGCUGGAGGUUCCCUUCGCUCUGACGUCUUACCUGUACGGAGAUCCCCUCAGAGUCCAACUCUUCAUCCCUCUGAACGUCCACUGCCUGCUGAAGAACGGCAGCGACAACCUGUUUGAAGGUUUCGAACCCGAGACGUACUGGGACAGGAUGCAGCUAUUUCAAGAAGCCAUACUCUACAGAUUUGGCUUCGUGCACGACAAGUUUUCUGCUUCUUCUUUUAAUUUCCCCUCUGAGAACAAGCCUCAGUACAUCCACGUUACAGGCACCGUCUUCCUGCAGCUGCCGUACUCCAAGAGGAAAUACAGCGGGCAGCAGCGACGGCGCAGGAACUCCACCACCUCCAACAGCCAGGGGGGGCCGUUCGGAGGGGAGGAGAGGGCCGGCUACUACUGGGCCUACAACACCAUGCUGACCAAAGCCUGGAGGACGGGCGUGCUGGGGGACGAGAGGCUCGCCGACCGCCUGCUCAGAGACUUCAGCGACUUCUGCGUCAACAAGGACAACAGACUGCUGAACUUCUGGGAAAGCUGUCAGGACAAGAUGAACGCCAGCGCACCCUGACCACAGAGGACAGAACGCUGGAAAACAGACUGUGAAAAUAUCAUGAAAACUGUUUUUAAUUAUUUUAUUUAUGAAGACAAAUUGUUCAUAAGUAUUCCGCUGCUGCUUCAAGAAGCACUCGUGUGUUUGUGUGCUUGAAUCUCUGCUUCGGAUGAUUGAACAUGAAGUUUUAAAUAUCAAAACUUUGCCUUAAAGAGCUGAAAUGUUG